AAAAUUUGCCACAUAUAUGUUACUAUCAUUUAAAUUUAAUUAUAUAUCAUAUCAAAUAAAAAAAAUAUUUUUCCGAUUUAUAAAAUUUAUUUAUAUGUUCGCACCAAUUUAAUUAUAUAAGUAGUAUAUAAUGACUUUUUAAUUAUUCAAUAUAUAUUUAUUAUUUCAUAAUAUGUUAUAAACAUAUAAUAUAUAAAAUAAUUUAUAUAUAUAAUGUUCAUUCCGCGUAAGGCGCAGGUCUUAACCUAGUUGAUAUUAUUCCUAAACAGUUUCCUAUUAUUACGCAAUCUAAUAAUAUAACUAACACUCUACAUAUGAACUUGCAAAUCACGUAUGGUUUAUCUUAGAAAUAAGAAUAUUCUGAGUAUUAUGAUGAUUUAAUCUAAAAAGGGAUAAGUAUUACUUAAUUCAAAUACGUAUAUUCUCAUUCAAUACGUUCAUAUCUCAACUGAAAAUCGAGUUGUAGUUCAUAAUAUCCUAUUUGACCUAGGCUAUCAGAAACAAACUAUAUAUACAUCUUCUCUAUUGCAUGAAAAGAACAAAAUUUAACGCAGAAAAACCUAAGCAUGCUCACCCCCAAUAAUCAAGCGGGUCAAACCAUAGCUGAGACAAGUGUCCACCAUUAACUCAAAAGCUACAACUAGCCUGUUUGAUGAAAAAUCAUAACACGACACAAAAAAAAUAGAACGAAACAAAGUUUCUUCUAGCUGGUGACAUGAUAAAUAAUAAUCAUACGACCAUAAGCAUAAAUUUAAACAAAAAAUGGAAAACAGAAUCAACUACAAACCCUGCAGCUCUCUUUCUACAGAAAGUAAAAUAUACAUUAUUAUUUUUCUAGAUUCUGUACAUUUUACUUUCUGCACAAAUUUAUAUUUGAUUUUACUUUAUAUACAAAUUUAUAUUUGAUUUUUAUUUCAGUUAAAAAAUAACUGCAUAGAUAUAUAAAAUACAUAGAUGCAAUUUUAAGUUGAUACAACUCUUAAAAAAAUGCUCACAUGGUAUAUUAAUACAUAGUUAGACUUUUUAUAAAAAAAAAACUAUUAUUUAACUGAUCAAACACACAUCCCAAUAGAAAAAAAUAUAACACAAUAACAAAAUAUAUGGUCUGAAUAAUAAAUUAAAGUAUCACAAACGAAACCAUAAAAUAAAACCAUUAAAUUGUUGCAUUUUGAAAUGUAUUUGUAAUUAUCAAAAAAAAUACAAUAAAAAAAUUACAACCGCGCACCCGUGCGCGGAUCAGUAUCUAGUAUGUUAGUAAGUUGAAAGUUUAAAGCUUUAAAAUAUUAGUUAAAGUGUUGUCUUCCGAGUCAAAAGUUACCUAACAAAACGACUGCAAACUCAACGUUUAAAAGCAUAGGGGCGGUAUUUCUUGUGUGCCGAAGAAGUAGAAACAGUAAAUCAUACCGGCUUUGAAUGUUCUAUGGCUCAACAAGCAGGGGUGGAGCUACAUAAGGUAAGUAAAGGGCAGUUGCCCCCCAUAAAAUCUAAAGUUUCCUUUAAAUGCCAAGAAGAAAAUUUGAUUGCCCCCCACUGAAAAAUAUUUAUUGCCCCCUUCCCUAACAUAAUCAAUUCGAAAAACUCAGUUUAAAUCCUCCAUUAUUUCCAUUUUAAACGCCAUUUAAUACAUGUGUUGCAUUAUCAUGUUGCCUUAUUUGGUUUGCAAACAUUAAACCAAUAUUUUCAUUUUUCUAUAAAGAAACCGAUUUUCUUUCUUCAACAAUAAUUUGCUUGAUGGUUUUAGUAAACAUCAAGUUAAUAAAUAUUAUUCUUUCCAUCAUUUUAAGUCUCAUAUUUUUUUAAAGAAAACUUCUUUUAUCAUAUAAAUAUAUGUGUUUGUAUUUGUAUUUGUAUUUGUAAUUGUCAUACCAUGAAAAAAACAUGUUUUUAUUUUUAAAAUUUUCUUUUAUUUUUUAAUAAUAAACAAUACUUUUUAAAAAACUUUUUUUACACAUAAUUAAAUAUAUGGUAUAAUGAAUUUAUAUAGUUGACACAAUGCAUUUAUACGAUAAUUUAAUUAUUAUUUAAUAAUAUUAUUUAAUAAUUAUUAUUUGCCCCGAAUGAACUUUUUUGCUGGCUCCGCCACUGUCAACAAGUGUGGACACUUCUAAUGUUCAGUUACCCGCUUCAGGCCUCCAUGGUUCUAUCUAGGAGAGCAUGUUUUACUUAUAGAAAUGUCAAAACAAAUCGAUAUCCUAGAAGAAAUCAGACAAGUGACACCUUGGAUUCUAUGGAUAUUAUGAAAGAACAGAAACAAAUGUUUAUUGGAAGGUGUCAAAUUUCUGUCAGAAAAUAGUAGAAAUAGCUUAUGACGAUGCAUACUAUUGGCUGAUACACCAAAAAGAGAGAUGUAAGCGAGUACUACAAUACAAACCAAUAAAAGUAAAUGGAUCCAGUGAGAGGAACGCUGUUUAAGGUGUAACAUAUAUAUGAAUUGAUUUUUUACCAAAAAAAAAUAUAUAUAUAUGAUUUGCUUGGUCGAAAUCAAAAACCAUAUAUGGGGCAUCCUAUUUAGCGAAAAAAAUGUCAGGGGCAUUCUUAAUAGUGGGAGAUAACUCACUUUUUGUUUUAUUUCAUAGUCACCGAUCAUCCUUACAGGCUCUGUCUUGUUUUGAUCCAUAAGUUAAAAGCUGAAUGGGAAAAUAUACGAUCCUACCGUCCACGGCUAAUGGGCCACCCACGUCCGCUCUCUCGGCCCGUGGACCCAUCCUGUUUUAAUGGUCGGUGCAUUAAUUUUCUAAAGCCCGAAAGACUUGUUUACUGACAAUGCAAUUACCACAUGACAUUUCUCCGUGCUUUGGUCUCACUUACACGGUAUCGCGAAUCACUUUCUGAUAGAUCAUCCAUCCUUCUACUCAGUGUCGGUCCAGACUAAUUCGGCACCUAAAGCGUACAGAAAAAUAAUGUCCCCUUACUAUAAAACUAGAAACUCUGUUAAUUAAUACUAAAAAAUACUGUGAAAUUAUGUUGUUUUUUACUAAAAUUAAUAAAAUAUCAAAAUAUUAUUUGUGAAAAAAAAUUAGUCUUGAUUUUUUCAUAAAAGCAGUUUACUAAUUUCAAAUAAUCAAGUAUUUUAGUUAAUUCAUAUAUCAUCUAUUGCCCAUGAGAAAUAGUUGUACGUAUAUAAUCCUUUAUGGAAUUCAAUGAAUAUUUUAUUUCUACAGAAGCAACUAUAAUCGAAAUUAUCGAUAAUCAAACCAUGCAUUUUCUUAGAAUUUAAGCAUGUCAUCGAUUUUUGUAAUUGCUUUUGACAACAUUUCAAAUUCUAAUCCUAUUUGCUAGUAGCAUUUUCUACAAAUCCAAAAAGUUCUAAUCUAUAUAGUAGAAUAAAACAUAUGAAAAAUCAUGUCAAUAUCAAUUUCACCUUGCAUAAUUUUUUUAUGUGAUAAUUUUAAGUUUGUUUAAACUUGAAAUUUUUAUAAAAAAUACAAAAACUUACAAAAAGAAGGUUUAAUCACAAUGAAACAUGUCAUAUGAGCAACUGGUGAUUAGGGUUAAUUGUUUCUUAAGGAAAAAUUGUUAUGGUUGAGGGAUUUGAGUCCAAGCAUAAAAAUUAUACUCCCUCCGUUUUUUUUAUUUGACGCUUUAGGAUUGUGCAUAUAGAUAAGAAACAUUUAGGCGUAAAUUUUUAUAAGGCAUGUAGCAUUGUCGGUUGUCAACUCGUCUAUAUAAUCUUUCUCAUAAUUGUAAUAUCAUAAUAAAUCAGCGUUAAAAAAAAGAUAAGAAACAUUUAAUUUUCUAAACAAAAACAUUAUUAAUUGUUUACAUAACCACAAUUUAACCAAUAACAAAAUAGAAACUAUAAUAUCGUUGGUCAUCUAGCAUUAAUUAGUAAUAAAUUUUAUAUAGAAAAUUGAAAACGUCAAAUAGUUUAGAACAAAAAAAUUCGUCUAAAACGUCAAAUAUAAAAAAACGGAGGGAAUAGUUAAUUUAAUUGUUAUAACAUCAUUUUUAACAAAUAUGGACAUAAAGAAAAAGAAAAAGAAAGGAGAGCAAGCUAGGAAGAAAAAAAAGAAAGGGGAUAAUAAUUCAAUUAGCAAAAUCUUAAGUGCAAGAGAAUCAAAGCUUUAAUUGUUAUUAUGAUUAGAAAAGAAAAAUGUUAUAAGAAAAAGAGGAGAAUACGAAAGUGGGUUCGGACCAACUCCCUGAAGAACAAGCAGACAAGAUUACAAAUCACUAGACUAAAACAGAUUUCGGAAAUUUUGGCGCCCUAAAAUUAUUAUACUUUUUGGCGCCAAAAGUUCUUACUUUACGGGAUUUAACCUAGGACCGGUCCUGCUUCUACUACUCAAGCUCAAGAAUUUGAUAUAUCUAAUUCCACAAUAAUAUUUUAGUUUUUCUUCUUAAAGGAUUUCUAUGACUAAAACAUAGCAGUACCCUGCUCACCAAAUCAAAAACCUGACUUAUUUGUCAAUGUUCUAAAAGGGAAAACAUUUCUAAUUAAGGUUCAGAAUCAAGAAUUAUAUCGCAAAAGUCUAUAAUCUUAUCAUGGUCAAUUGACCAUACCUUAUAUAUAUUUUUGUUGUUAAUGUUAAACGUACCUUAUAUAUAUAAUACCUUAUAUAUAUUGUACGAGUAUAUACAAAAUUAUUGGUCAUAAACAUGAAGGAUGACCAAAAGCAAUUUGGUGCAUUUAUAAAUAGACUAAUACAUUCUUGUGAAUUAAUAAAGCAAGAAAAAAAACAUAACAAAAAUCAGUUAAGCCGUGUUUGAAAUCAAAUUAUAUAAAGAUGAAUUUCUCAACAAUGUUGCUUUUAUUCACCUUCUCUGUUCUUAUGGUGGUUUCUUCCAUUCAUUGCCAAACAAUUGAUCUCGUUCCGGGCAAAUUUGCACCGGACGAACCCUCCAUUUGCUUCAAUCCUUGCACUGUUAAACUUGGCGACAAAGAGUGCAAAACGAUUUGUUUGAAUAAGACAUACAAAGAUGGUUCUUGUAUUGGUUUUGGAAUCCCCCCUUCUUUGAAGUAUUGUUGUUGUACAAAAUGAUUUAUACAUGAGUGUUUGAACCAAAAACAAUUAGAGAAUAAAAGCAAAAUCUUUUUUUUUUUUUGAAAAAGUAUAAAAGCAAAAUCUUUGUUACUUAAUUACCAAGACUGUCGUUUGUGAUUUCAUAUGAUUUGAUAUUUGCUUGCAUUCGUUAUGAUGAUAUUAUUUGUGAUGUUCUAACUGUCAUGUUUCGUGAAUUUCUAUGUUUUUUUUGGCUUGCGAGUUCCAUCUUUGUUCCCUGGUCGAUGCAUUAUAGUUUUUUGGUAUUUCUGGCACGCCAUUUUCUUGGGUAGUAUAUAAUUCAUAAACAUAUCCUCCUCCAGGAUAUUAAAUAAUUAGUUUUCUUCUUUUUGUUUGUUUGUUUGAUGAAAUAGUUUUCUUCUUUUACUGAUGUUACAAACAGAUCCAAGAAUGUGAAAACUGUUGCUUCAUUUUCUGUUAUGUGUACACCGUAGUCUUACUUCGAAGGAUUGCAAUCUAUUUUAUUAAAAUAAAAAGUAUUCUUUGUAAAUAACUUUAGUAUUACGUAAUUUACUGAUUAUGUCACCAAAAUUUUAAACAUGAUUAAAAUUUAUUAAAAAUAUUUUCGUCAUUGUUAGUCACAAAAUAUAAAUUUAUAAUAAAAUAUAAAAUAUGCUCUUAUAUCUAUACUAUUGGAAGGAUUCUUAAAAAAUCUAAUUAAACACAAUUGUUUAUUGAAUAUUUCCUUAAUCAAACAAAAUAUCUCUAUUCCUAUUUAUAAGGAACAUACUAAGUUAAUUAUGUUAAUUGGUGUUACUAAUCGAUAUAAAAAAACACUACUUCCAAACAAUAAUUAAUCUAAUAUUAAAUGGCAGCUUAGGAAACUAAUUGAUGUUUAUUACAACAUAAGUACUUAUGAUAAUACAUUAUUUCUUAGAGUUUAAAAGAAGUACUAUAAGGAAGCAUAGUAUAGUAUGAUAUGAAAACAAAAUCAUAAUAGUAAAAUCAUUAAUCUAACAGUUCUGGAAAAUAGGUACAAAAAAUAUUUAAAACUAAAAAUAUUUAUGAUAAAAUUUAAUUAUUUAAUAAAAGUUUAAAACCUAUUAAAAAUCCUGUAGGUAUAUCCUUUUAAUUUAUCUUAAGUCUGCCAAUUAAUCUCAAGUCUCACAAACUUAACAAAAUCUCAAGUCUCACCAAUUUAACAAAUGUAACUAUUAAAAAAAUACCCACAAAAUAUAAUAAGUAUAGACAUCGAUUUAUUGGGUUGGGUACGGAUCGAUUCAUUUCGGGUAUGAGAUCUUAAGUUAUAGAUAUUUGGACCGUAUCUGAAAAUAUUUGAUUUGAGUUUAAGUUGGUUUUCUUUCAAGUCUAGAUCCAUACUUCAAAUAUCUGUAAUAUAUAUGUAACUUUUGGAUACAUAACGGCUCUGAUCGGUUCGAAUAUUUAAACCCAAAUUUCUUUUAAAUAUCCAAAAAUUCAAAAAAUAUUUGAAAACCUGAAAAAUAACUGUCACGAAACAUACCCAGAAACUCAAAUGAAUACCGUAAAUAUUAAAAUAUUAAAAGAGACAUAAAAUUUUACUUCAAAAUCUGACCCGAACAACCAAAAAUAUCUAAAUUUUAAUCCGAAUACCAAAAUUUUUUUUUUAAAUGAAAUUUUACCUUAAACCCGAAAUGAUAACCCAAAACCCAAACCUGAAAUAAAAAUUAUCCGUAAUAUCAAAAACAUAUUCAAAAUAUUAAAAUAUACCUAAUAAACACAACAUAUUUUGGUGCUUUGGAUACUUGAUUGGGUCUCGGGUAGGACUUACACUCGAUAGAGACUGGCGGAUCCAAAAAUACCCAAUAGAUACCUUGCCUUGGAUCCAUACAAAACCCGAACCUAUAAACUAAUUCACAUAUUAUACAAUUUUUUUUUUUUAAAUCGAUAUAAAGCAAUUUUGUAACAUAUUAAUACACAACAAUCAAAAAAUACUAUUUCAUAUCAAAAUUUAUUUAUCAUCCAAAAUAACCCACGCUUUCGAAGCGCGUAUCAAAAUAUAGUUAUAUAUAAUAAGGUUGCAUAUUAAAAAUAUUAUUUUAAUUAUAAAUACAUAAUAUAGUUCAAUAUAUAUAUUUUUUCGUAUUUUAUAUUUAAUUUUAUAUGAUUAAAUAUUCUUAUCCAAUAUCAAAUUUUUAAUUUUUAAUAUUUAUUUUAUAUUAUAUCAUAAUAAAAUUCUAUAAUAUAUAUAUAUAUAUCUAAUAUGUAUAAUUAAAUUAUUAUUCUGAAUAAGAAAUAAAGUUAAAUAACUUAAUAUACACACAAAAUAGCACAUAUUAAUAAAUUUUAAAGUAUACUUCAUUUAAAAUAUUUAAAGGAAAUAUUUUAAAAGUAAUAGUUAGCAAUAAUUCAAAAAGCAAAUAAAAUUUUCAGAAUGCUAAAAUUUAAACAGAAAAUUUUAAAAUAUUUAAACAAAAUUUCAGAAUAUUUGUUUGUAUUGCAAAAUUUGCUAUAUAUAUUUUUAAAUUUAUUUAAUUAUACUUCAAAUUCUGUUAAAAAUUUAUAAAAAAAUAAAACUCAAAAAUAGACAUUGAAUAAGUUUCCUAUCUAGUUUGUGAAUAUUUGGAUUUAAAAUUAGAAUGAUAUAGAUCAUUAUUCUCCUAAAAACCAAAAAGUAAGUUCAAUUAAUUUCCAUAAAUUAAAUUAUUUUAAUAAGCCAUUUACAUAAAUUUAAUUAUAACAUAUAUAUAAUUUAAAUUCAGAAAUCAUAUAAUAAAUUGUAAUUUUCUUUAACAAAAUUUUGUAAACUAAAUUUCCGAGAGGUCCCGGAUAUCUAUAUAGGUAAUCGAACAAUCUGUUAAACAUUAUAUAUCAUUUUUGUUCUCAUCUGUACAGGGUUUGGAACUAUAGAAGGAUUGUCUUAGAUUGUAUUACUUAAAUCACACGAACUAGAAAAGCAAUUUUCCCCAUUUACUUAAUUCAUACAAACUACUUCAUCAUAUUACAUAAUACACGAAGACUACUUUGGCUUGAAUACAAAAGCUUGCUAAUGUUUAGUCAGCCUUCUAAAUUUGUCAUAAUAUUGCUGGAUUAUUUCCUUGAAUGAGAUAUUUCUUAUGAGCAAACGAAGACUUUAUCUUUUAGUCCAAGAUGCACAUUUAUUGUAUCAACAAAAUUGAAAGAAACAAAAAAAAAAAUUGGAUAGGCUUAGAUCUUGGACAGACUCACAGAAAUUUAUUGUUGACCGUAUUAUUUAACCAUAUAUUAAUGGAUCAUUUCAUCCUCAAUCACACAAACCUACAUCUUGAAUAGAGGUUAGUUUAAAAAGUUGAGUGCCAGAGAGACUUAUUUUAUAAAUGGAUUCUUCAAAACUGUUGCUUACAUUUGCGCUCGUGGUUACAAUGUCCAUCUCCUAUGAUCUUUUCUCCGGUAUAGGAAUAAACGCGAGAAUUGUGCCUCCGACUUGUUACGAGGGAUGUAACGCAACGUUUCAUAAUCCAGAAUGUAACAAAUUUUGUAUAGGAUUGCUUUAUAAAGAUGGUAGUUGCUUUGACCCUGAAGGUUCUAAACGACCUUAUUAUCGUUGUUGUUGCGACCCUAUAAUUCUUCCACCUCCUUCUCUUUGAUCAAUAUAUCUGUCCUGCUUUAUAAUAUCUAUACUUAAUAAAAAACAAUUUUCUUUCUCGAA